CUUUAUCUUGUAAGUACCGUCCGCUUUAUCUAGUACCGUUAGCUCUCUCUCUCUCUCUCUAACAAGUAACAAACACACACACACACGCAUACUCAAGGACCUAUUUAGUAUUUACAAGUGGAGGGAAUGCAAAAGCUCGGAACAAAAAUGGCCAAUCCUAGUUCAAAGAAAUGUCUCUUUCUCUCUCUCUUGUCCAUGUUUCUCAUUCUUCAGUGCAUGACAACUUGCAUUAAAGCAUCACAAGAAGAAUACCCCAAAUCCCAGGAAUCUGAUAGGGUAAUAAAUCUACCAGGCCAACCCACAAGCCCAUCUAUCUCCCAGUUCUCAGGUUACAUCAAUGUCAAUCAACACCAUGGGAGGGCCCUUUUCUACUGGUUCUUUCAAGCUCAAUCUCAAUGGUCCAACAAGCCUCUCCUUCUCUGGCUUAAUGGAGGACCUGGAUGUUCCUCAGUUGGGUAUGGUGCAGCUGCGGAGUUGGGACCUCUUAGAGUUAAUAAAAAUGGAGUUGGACUUCACUUCAAUAAAUAUGCUUGGAAUAAAGAAGCAAAUUUGCUCUUUGUGGAGUCCCCAGUUGGAGUAGGGUUCUCCUACACUAAUACAUCUUCUGACUUCACCAAAUUGGAUGAUGGGUUUGUGGCUGAGGAUGCCUACAAUUUCUUGGUGAACUGGCUGCAAAGAUUUCCACAGUUUAAAACCCAUGAUUUCUUCAUCGCAGGAGAGAGUUAUGCAGGCCACUACGUGCCACAACUUGCAGAGCUUGUAUAUGACCGAAACAAGGAUACAAGUAAAUACCCAAAGAUCAAUCUCAAAGGUUUUAUAGUAGGAAAUCCGGAAACUGAUGAUUAUUAUGAUUAUAAGGGAUUACUAGAAUAUGCGUGGAGCCACACUGUUAUAACAGACCAGCACUAUGACAAGGCUAAACAAGCGUGUGAUUUUAAGAGCCCCAACUGGUCUAGCGAAUGUAACAUUGUCAUGAACCAACUCUUUGAGAAAUAUAAUGAGAUUGACAUCUACAAUAUUUAUGCCCCCAAGUGCCUUUCCAACAGCGCAUCUUCGCUAGCUGAUAGCAGUGACAGUGUUAAUUCACUCGCUAAGGUGAAUAAUUAUAGGAUGAGGAGGAUGAGAAUCUUUGGAGGCUAUGACCCAUGUUUUUCUGAUAACAUAGAAGAAUAUUUCAACAGGGAAGAUGUUCAAUCAUCCCUUCAUGCAGGCAUUAAAGGAAGAACUACCAAUGUAAAAUGGAAGGUCUGCAAUGAUUCCAUCCUUCGGGAAUAUAAUGACACAGUCUUCUCUAUCCUACCCAUCUACACCAAACUCAGCAAGGGUGGCCUCAAGAUAUGGGUUUACAGCGGGGAUGCAGAUGGCAGAGUACCAGUGCUUGGGUCACGCUACUGCAUUGAGGCUCUUGGACUCUCUCUCAAAUCUCCUUGGCGUUCUUGGUACCACAACCAUCAGGUUGGAGGGAGAAUGGUAGAGUACGAGGGGCUAACAUUUGUAACAGUGAGAGGGGCAGGUCAUUUGGUACCUCUCAACAAGCCAAGUGAAGCACUUUCCCUCAUUCACUCUUUCUUGACUGGUGAACCCCUCCCUGCACACAGAUGAUAUUUUCUGCACCUUAUUCCAAUCAUUGGCAAUUUGGCAUAAUGAUUUUGAUGCCUCGAAUUGUAACACAAAUUUGUAAUGAGGAGCUAAAAUUGAAACUAAUCACAUAUGCAAGGCAAACUAAAAACUCAUCCAUUAGACUCUGAGGUACCUUAAUAAAGCAUAAAAAUGUCUACCAUGGCAAUUGUGUGCCUCUA